ACACAGUUGUACUGAUGCUUUGCAUCAACUGUCGCGCCAGCAUGAGGCACAAAGUCAAAGUCACGACCUUUUUCUUGACCGUUCUAGGAACUUUAUAUUCUUGUAUUUCAAUGCGCAAAUCUUCCAGGUUGCAUUUGGCAGAAUUGAAGAAUGUGUCCCAAACAUCUGAGACAUUACUGGCUUCAACAAAAGUUGUGUUGGAAGAGAGUUACUACGAAGACAAUAAUUCACGGCUUUUGUUUGCAAACGACUUAGAGGACAGCAUCAAGGCUGGAAGACAUGACGGAGAUUACUGGAGAGACCUCAAUGUGCUGAACACGAUAAUACCAGAGACACUCCAAACAAUGAGGAAUCCAUGCUGGUGGGAAAAUCACCCCGGCGAAACUACUUGUGACAAGUUGAGACUCAUGAACAAGGCAUUGAAACUGCCUGGUACCCAAGAGAAUGGGCCAGUUCUGAGGUGUUUGCCGUAUUUCUAUCUCAUUGGUCAAGCAAAAUGUGGAACCACAGACCUAUUUACAAGAAUCACCCAGCAUCCUAGUAUACUGUCACCCAUGACAAAGGAACCAUUUUGGGUUUUUCCUCUACGAUUCCAAAAAGGUUGUUCAUCGAUUGAGACAUACCUAGACUUUCUUCAAACCUCCUCUAACAGAAUAAAGGAAAACUAUUUAGCAAGCAGCGUCAGCGCACUAAUCACAGGGGAUGGGUCUACCACUACCAUGUCCGGAAACACCUGGUGGAAUAUGUUGCCUGGCAACGAGGGAUGUGAAGAGCCGUGUAUCACCAAUGCCAACAUUGUGUAUCAGAUGAACCCGAAAGCGAAGAUACUUGUGUCAUUAAGGAACCCUGCGUCCCGGUCGUUUUCCUACUACAUUAUGAAGGCUCGAAUUUUGAAGUACAACGUUUCCAAGGAACAUUUUCAUGGUCUAGUGGUCAACGAAAUUACCGAGUUUCAAAACUGCAUUUCUCGCUCAUCUCUCCGUUCCUGUGUGAUGAACUCAACAGAGGAGAAUUACCUCAUCACAGCGAUCGGCCUACGUUCAAGCAUUUACCACAUCCACUUACAAGACUGGAUGAAGGUCUUCCCUCGAGAACAGAUAUAUGUUGUCCAUUUUGAACACUACAUCAAACAUAUGCCAGACACUCUCGCUGGCGUUUACAAUUUCCUUGAAGUGGAUUUACUAUCGGACCAAGAGAUGCAAAGAAUUGCUGAACAUAAAAUCCAAAAUCAGAGACCACUCUCUGGGCAAAAACUAGGUGACAUGUUGCCGGAAACAAAGACUUUGCUGGAUAAAUUCUUCAAGCCCUUCAAUGCACAAUUAGCUACGCUCUUAGACAACGAUGUGUUCACCUGGACAGUUUGA